UGUAAACUUUGCACGCGCCCCACACGGUGUGUAACCGAAGCGCAGUGGAGUAGCGCGCGAGACCGCGGUUUUCCCGCCUGAGUGUGUGUUUGUGUGUGUUUGUGUGUGAGACAGCGCGCGGAGAUGGAGGUGUGUGUGUGCUCGGUGCUCCUGCUGUGUCUGUGUGUUUAUGUGACGGUGCAGCUGAUCCGCUUCCUGACGGCGGACAGUGACUUCACGCUGCUGUGGGCGGCGGCUCGGGGGCGGAGCCCAGGCAUGGCUCUGAGGCAGAAGGUGGUGUGGAUCACCGGGGCGUCCAGUGGGAUCGGGGAGGAGCUGGCGUAUCAGCUGGCCGCAGUCGGAGCUCGACUAGUGCUGUCUGCGCGCCGGGAGAACGAGCUGCACCGAGUCAGGAGGAAGUGUUUGGAGCUGUCCUCUUUAGAAGAGAAGGAUAUUCUUGUCCUCCCACUCGAUUUGUUGGACCGAUCGACUCACAGAGAGAAAACUGACGCAGUUCUGCAGCAUUUCAGCAAGAUAGAUGUGCUGGUGAAUAACGGUGGGCGGAGUCAGCGCUCUUUGUACAUCGACACUGACAUCGACGUUUACGGCGGCCUGAUGGAGCUCAACUACCUGGGAACUAUCUCCAUCACCCAGCACGUCCUGCGUCACAUGAUCCACCAUGGAGACGGUGUAAUAGCAACCAUCAGCAGCAUCGCAGGCCUGGCGGGGGUGCCACUGUCCACCGGAUACUCGGCCAGCAAGCACGCACUCCAGGGUUUCUUUAAGUCUCUGAGGACGGAGCUCUUGGACUAUCCAAACAUCACCAUCAGUACCAUCUGCCCCGGGCCGGUCGUGUCCCAAAUAGUCCACAACGCCUUCACUGAGCAAGUAGACAAGCCGUUGCCUGAUGCAGGUGAUCAGUCCCAUAAGAUGCCGACCGAGCGGUGUGUGCGUCUGAUCGUAGCUGGCCUGUCUAACCGCGUGAAGGAGAUGUGGAUCGCUCAGCAGCCGUUUCUUCUCUUCUUCUACUUGUGGCAGUACACACCCACUCUCGCCUGGUACCUAACCAACCUGCUUGGCAGGAAACGAGUGCAGAACUUCAAAGCCGGACUGGAUGCAGACACGGCGUAUUUUACCAAGCCAAAGGCCAAGACGAGCUGAGAACCUGCACCCAUUCACUACCACAGGGGGGCGCUAAGUAGGGUAAUAGCACUGUGUUUGUGUGCGGUGCUGUAGGUGUGUGUGUGUGUGUGUGUGUGUGUGUUUAUGGGAACAACUCCAUUUGAUUCUAAUGAUGCAUUCGACAGGAAGUCACGACCCAGACUCUGACCAGAGAAAAACUACAGACACUCGCUGUUUAACCCUGAGUUCAGCGAGUGACAUUGAAUCAAGUGUAUUAUUUUUGGCUGAUAAAAUCAAUAGAUGUUUAGUUUUUACAUUUAUCAUGAAUGAAUCAUGACACUGCUAGUAAUUGUUUCUUUUUUUAAAUGUUCUUCACAUGGAUAUGAUGAUAAACAACUAAUUAAAUAAUACGGCAGUAAUUUGUUCACUAACCAAAUAAUGCAAUGUGGGCCACUAGAGGGCGCCAAAAACUCUGACUUCUUUAACGGUGUGUGUUUGCGGUUUUAAAUCUUCAUGGUUAAUAGCUUGUUAGGACCCAAGCGCUGUGACAUCAGCCAUAUUACAUCAUAGUGUGUAAAGGGCCCUCUUGUUUGUUUGGAAUGUGUUAUUAUA